AUCCGGAUUUACGAAUACCCUGUGUCUAUGAGGAGCUGGAAACGUUAACAAGUGAAGAAUUUGUGUCGAGGGACCCGGGUCUGCCAUUGGUCCAGCCCAUCUGUAUCACCAGACGGCCUGCUUGUUGGCAUCAGCACCUACGCCUGCGCUGCAGGCGGCUGAACAUCAGCCACCAUGGAGAUGCUCAACAAGCUGAGGUCGACCGUGUCGCAGGCGGUGUCGCAGGUGUCGGGCGUGCUGCCCGGCAACCCGGUCACCCGCGAGUACGAGGUCUCGCAGCACAUCGCCAGUGCCGGCCCUGGUCUCAUGUGGAAGGUGUACUCGGCCGUCAAGAAGUCGACGCGCGAGGAGGCGUCCGUGUUCGUGCUGGAGAAGCGUCUGAUGGACCAGUGGGCGCGCCGCGACCGUGACCUGAUGCUGGAGACGCUGAAGCAGGGUGUCAGUCAGCUGACGCGGCUGCGGCACCCGCGCGUGCUCACCGUCCAGCACGCCAUGGAAGAGUCCAGGGAGAGUCUGGCCUUCGCCACGGAGCCCGUGUUCGCCAGUCUGGCCAACGUUCUCGGCCAGACGGAGAACACGCCGACGCCGACGCCGGCGGCGCUGCGCGACCACAAGCUGCACCAGGUGGAGGUCAAGUACGGCCUGCUGCAGCUCGGCCAGGGCCUGGCCUUCCUGCACGGCGACGUCAAGAUGCUGCACCGCAACCUGUGCCCCGAAUCGGUGGUCAUCAACCGGGCCGGCGCCUGGAAGGUGGCCGGCUUGGAGUUCUGCGUGGCCAACCGGGCGCCGGCCGACCAGCCGCCGUCGUGGCCCGUGCCGGAGUACGACCCCGACGUGCACCCGCUGGCGCAGCCGUCACUCGACUACACGUGCCCGGAGGCGGCGCUCUGCCUCGCCUUCACGCCUUACUCGGACAUGUACGCGCUGGCCUGCCUAGCGUACGCCGUCUUCACCCACGGAGGCACCGUCUUCAACUGCGCCGCCGACUGGUACGCCUACAAGAAGGCCAUGAACGAGCUGAAGCGCAUGCCGCCCAGCCGGCUGGAGGCUGUGCCGUCCGAGCUGCGGGAGACCGUCAAGAUGAUGCUGAACGUGGCGCCCGAUCUGCGGCCAGAUGCGCAUCAGUUCACCAAGAUCGCCUACUUCGACGAUGUUGGCGUGAAGACACUGAAUUACUUGGAUUCGCUAUUUCAAUGGGACAACCUGCAGAAGUCCCAGUUUUACAAAGGCUUGCCUCAAAUCAUUCCCAAGCUGCCACACAGGGUGUGUCUCAAUCGAAUCCUGCCGUGCCUCUCGAAGGAGUUCGUGAAUGCGGCCAUGAUCCCGUUCGUGUUGCCAAACACGAUGCUGAUAGCGGAGAACUCGAGCCGUGAGGAGUACGUGCAGCACAUCCUGCCGCUGCUCGCGCCCGUCAUGAAGAUCCAGGAGCCGAUCCAGAUCCUGUUGAUCUUCAUGCAACGUCUGGAGCUGCUGCUGAGCAAGACGCCGCCGGAGGCGGUGCGCGCCGACGUGCUGCCGCUCAUGUACCGGGCUCUCGAGUCCAACACGCAGCAGAUCCAGGAACUGUGCCUCAGCGUCAUCCCGAAGGUCGGCAGCCUGGUAGAUUACCCGAGCAUGAAGAACGCCCUGCUGCCGCGCAUCAAGCAGCUCUGCCUCAGCACCGGCUAUCUGUCGGUGAGUGCCGUCACCGAACCGCGCGUAAGCUGCCUGGUCUGCCUCGGGAAGCUGCUGCCGCACCUGGACCGCUGGCUGGUGCUGGACGAGGUGCUGCCGCUGCUGCCGCAGAUCCCCACGGAGCCGGCGGUCGUCAUGGCUAUCGUCGGCAUCUACAAGGUGACCCUGAGCAACGACAAGCUCGGCAUGACGAAGGAGGUGAUGGCCACCAAGGUGCUGCCGUUCCUGAUGCCACUGGCCAUUGAGAACGGGCUGGCCGUGUCUCAGUUUGACGCCGUGAUGGUGCUGGUGCGGGACCUGUUGGAGCGCGUCGAGACAGAACACCGCGACAAGCUGACGCAGCUCAACGCCAUGAAAGACGAGCAACAGUGA